AUGGACGGUACAGCGGACGAGGACGGGCAAGGCGAGCAAGACGACCAGGACGACACCCCAGCUCUACUCACAGCACCCCCUGUUCCUGUAACAUCUGGUAUACCCGACGGGUUCGAUGCGCCCGAGGUGCACACUCCUAGAAAAGUGCGCCGUAAUCGUAUUGUCGUAGACGGCCUAGACUACAGAGGCCUCUCCUUUCUUGCAUUUGAUGCUACCAAUGCCGUGUUGAUCGACAAGUUCAAGGCAAGAAAAGAUCCCACACUAGGCAUGAACCAGACGGUCAAAAUUCGUUACACGGGCAGCGGCGGCGCGCUCCGCUUCAUGUACGAGCACACGCAACAGGAGGCGCUUACUAUCCCUCGCGGUCCGUCAUCUCUGCUAAGGACUGUGCAGAUUUGA